AUGGAAAAACCAACAUGUACAGUUUGUGGACAUACACAGUUUAGGUUAGAAGAAGGACAGUUUGUAUGUAAUAAGUGUCAUUAUGUUAGCGAUAAAAUUUUGGAGCAUUUUGAUGAUGAUUUUGGGGAAAUAUCAAUAAAUGAAGAUACGAAUUGUGAAAGUCUUGAAAAGGAUGUAUAUGAUAUCAUUAAGAAAUUGUACAAAGAUAAAAAUUUAAUUAAUAAUUUAACAAAAUAUGUUUUUAAGGAAAAUGAUGAGUUUUUUAUUAAUUUUCAAAAAGCACUAAUAAGUUUUAUAAAUACAUUUGUUUCAUUACACAAAUUACCCGUAUAUAUAUAUGAUGAAAUUAAAAAAAUAUGGUUUCAUUUAAUAGAAUUGAAUAGUAAACAUUUGAAUAUUUAUACUCCUUUUGGAGCUGUACAAGAAUCAUCGAUUAAAUAUAUUUAUGAAGUUAUUAGAGUAAAAAAAAUGACAGAAGUUUUAGAAAAAAUGACAAAAGAUAUAAAUGUGAAUGAUGUUAUUAAAAAAGUGACAAAAAAAAUGGGAUUAAGUAAAAUUUCUUAUUUUUUUAAUAUGCAAAAAAAAUAUAUUAAUAAAACUAGUGCAUUUAUGGAAUUUUGUCCAAAGAAAAGUGAAAUAAAUAAAAAAUUCCAUGUUCGCUUGUUAAAUAUUUACAAAAAAACGAAUCUACUAGAUAACGAAAAAAAUAAUAAAGAGAUUUAUAUAAAAUUUAAUAAUGUUAUAAAUACUUUAAAACAGGCAAAAAUACAUAACGAAAAUAAAACUCUACAUAAUAAGGAAAAUAAUAAUUUUAACUCCAUCAACAAGGAACCGCAUAACGUCAAGUAUGGAUUAAACUACAACAAUGAUUAUAGUAAACAUGCUAAUAAGAAUAAUGUGCCGAUGGUGGAAUAUGCAUUUAGAAAGACCUCGGUAGAUAUGUUUGAUCUAGAAAAUGAUGAAAACUUUGAAAAUAAUAAGAAUUUUGAAAAUUCUGAAAAUAUCGGUCAAGACGAAUAUCGUAAUGAGUUCAGAAGUGUAGACAAUUUUAAUGAUGCUGUGAAUGAUCCGGAUAUUUCGGAUGUGGUUGCAGCCAGCAAAGGAGAUGCUGCUGACAAAGCCGAUACUCCUAACAAAACCAAUACUUCUAACAGAGCCGAUACUUCCAACAAAGCCGAUACUUCCAACAAAGCCGAUACUUCCAACAAAGCCGAUACUUCCAACAAAGCCGAUACUUCCAACAAAGCCGAUACUUCCAACAAAGCCGAUACUGCUAACAGAGGGGAUGAUUUCAUAAAGGACGAAAAUUUUUUAGAUGCUGAACGUGUGUACCAUUUCUAUUCGUCCUACUUAAUUAAUAAAAUUAUGCAUUACAGGAAUUUAUCGAAUCCAACAGUAAAAUAUGUAUCUUCCUAUUAUAUGAAUAGAUCGACAAAUUAUAACGAUCUAAUUAGUUUAAUAUACGAGCAUGAUUUUUUGUAUUAUAUACGUGAAGAGUUAAGAAGUAAAUGUGAUAUUGAGUAUUUAUCCUAUUAUGAUAUAUUACAGGUUUUUAAAGGAAAAUAUGAUCAUUUAAUAUCUGCUUCUCCUAAUAAGGAAAAAUAUCAAAGUAGUUGUCGUAAUCAUAAUAUGAAAGACAUUAGAAAUAGGAAAGACAAAAGGGGCAUACUUCAUUAUGAUAUGCCUUUGAAACAAAAUGUAGAAAACGAUUUUUCGGAAGAUAAGAAUGCUUAUAAUUUGAAUGAACUGAAAAAUAACGAAAUUGUUGACGUGGAUGAUUUUGCUUUUGACAGCAAUUUUAAGACAGAGGAUAAAGCAAACGGUGGGUAUGAGGUACAGAAAGAAGGUCAAAAAUGGGGAUUAGUAGAAGGGCCAAUGGAGAGACUAGUAGAAGGGCCAAUGGAGGGACUAGUAGAAGGGCCAAUGGAGGAACUAGUAGAAGGGCCAAUGGAGGAACUAGUAGAAGGGCCAAUGGAGAGACUAGUAAAAGGGCCAAAGGAACGACCAAUAGAAGGACCUGAAGAGGAUAAUUUUGAGGAUUAUUUAACAGAUGGCGAAAUAUUUGAAUAUAAAAGCGAAUUAAAUUAUCAAGCACAUAACAAUCGUUUAUAUCCCAAUACAGAGAAUAAUUUUUUUGACGUGAACAAUUCAGAAAAUAGUAGAAUAUUUGAGUAUGAGACAGAAAAGAUGAAAAAUGAAAAAAAAUUAAAUGUUCUCAAUAGCACAUAUGAACAAAAUGAUGUGGUUAAAACAAAUGAAAAAAAUAAAGAUAUGGAACCUAAUGGUGUAGCAGGUGAUGAUGUUGAAAAUGUUUUGAAAAAGUAUAUAAAAUAUGUUGAACUGAAUAAAGGUAGCAAUAAACUAAAUUUAAUAGAUAAGUCUGUUGUAGCUGUCAAUUCUGUAUUUGAUGAAGAGCUGCGUGAAAAUGAAAGCAUACUAAAUGGAAUAGAAGGAGAAGGAGAAGAAGGUGAAAAAGAAAGGAAUAGGAGUUACUCUCCAUUAAUAUUAACAAGUAACGAAACAAGAAAAGAUCGGAAUGUUUCUGAACAGCAAAACCCGUUCUCAAGCUACAUGUAUUAUUUUAACGAUGAUAGAAGUGAACAUUUUGAAGAUGGCGAUGCAGAUGACGAUGAGGAUGGAGUUUCAAAUGACGUUCGAGAUGUCCUUCAAGAUAGAUCUAUUUUAUCAAAACUUCCAUUAGCAUCUGAAAAGAAGGAGGAACAAAAAUUGAAUGAUAUUAACUGUCCAAAUCUUGAUAUUAGAAGUAAUAGAAUCGACGCAUUCAGUGCUAACAAGGACCAUCUAAUGUCUAACCAUAGCUUGCACGACGAUCUAAAGGAUAGCUUGAGUGAAAAGAUGGAACAACAAAGCUACUUGAAGAAUAGCAAGGAUAACUACGUAAAGACGAGCUCCCCUGAUAAUAUGAUACACAUGAUGCCUACAAUACGUAUGGACGUAUAUAAAAAAUUAGAAUUCGUGAACAAGUUAAAAAAAGAAAGUAAGGCACACAUAAGGAAAAAUUAUUAUAACAAUGGGUUAAAUAACAAAAAGGUGAAUUUAAAUAAAGCGUUUUUAUUUUUAUAUAAGCGUAUUUUAAAAAAGAAGAAAAAUAAUGAAGAGGAGAAAGUGGAGCAUGAUAAAGAAGGAGAAGAAAAGGAUGGAAAGGACGAAAAAGAGUUGAAAAAUAAAGAGGUUUAUAUUGAGGAAAAGUAUAUGAUAGACUCCUUCAUAUUUGAUGAUGUGUACAAAGGUGUUUUGUACAUAUCUAGUAUCAGUAGAUUUCGAACGUUGGCAGUUAAACAUAUAUACAAAGAGUACGUUAAUUUUUUUUUAAACGAUUACAAGUAUUAUUUAAAAGAUGUAGAGGCGUAUAAAUUUUGUUAUAAUUUUACGUUCGAUUUACUGUUAUAUAUAUUAUAUUAUUGUUUCAGUAGAUUACAUAUUUAUUGUUUACCGCAUAAUAUGAAGAAUUAUAUUAACGCAGAUCAUUUUAAUAUGUAUAGAAUAUUUAAUAACGUAUCAGAUAAAUUUAGUUCUUUAUAUAAAGAAAAGGUUUUAUUUAAUUUCCCCCUUAAAAAUCCCCAUUUCUGUGAAUUGAAAAAAUAUUUUUUUAUGAGAAAUUUAAAAAGUUGUAUUCCUUUUAUAUGCAUUCAUUAUUAUGAGCAUAAUAACAAGUUUUACAUGGACGAAAAUGAUAAUAACGCGAACAGCAGUAAUAACGCAGAUAACACUAAUGACGGUAAUACGAAUGAUGAAGGGGAAGAUCUGAAAUUGUAUAAAGUAAUAUAUCCUAAAAAAUUAAGACUGACCUACGCUAGUUUGCGUAAAUAUGGUCAUGUUAUAAAUACCGUAUGGUUAAAAUCCUUAGAAAAUUUUAACGGACAAGUAAUAGUAAAUUUAUACUCCUUAAUUAAUGAUUUAAUAUAUAAAUUUCAACUUCCUAAUAUUAUUCAGAUAUAUUCAUUGAAAUUAUUAAAUAUGGUUAUAUUUAAGUAUAGAUUUUACCAAUUCUUAUAUCGCGUAUUUACAAAGAAAUAUGAUGAUAUGCACAUAGAAUUAAAUAAAUUUUACACAUAUGAUAAAAUAUAUAAGGAUUGUGUAACCUAUUUUAGUGCAGCAUUAUCAUCUGUUUAUUUUAUAAAUGAAGCAAAUAAUUUUAUUUUAUAUCUAAUGAAAAAAGAAUAUUAUAUAAAUAAAAAAUAUAUUGAAACUAAAAAGUAUAUAACCUCUAAAGAUGGAACUGUGAAUUUUAAAGUCUAUAAUAAAAUUAAUCAUUUCUAUAGGCAAAAAUUCUUUUAUACAUUUUGUGGUAUUCAAACCUCAGCAUAUCUAAUCAGAAAAUGCUUUUACUAUUUGGCUGCAGCUUGUGUAAUAAUUUCUUGUAAACUCUAUUAUCCUAUGUUUUCCAAUGAUUUUUUCAACUAUCAAAAUAUGUUUAUAAAAGACAAAUUUGAAAGUUUUCAUCUGAACAAUCAUUACAAGUGUCAUAUGCAACAGGAUAUUCAUUUUUACAAUAAGCAGUUCAUACCUAUUUGCAAAUCCAGUAAUAAAAAAGAGCGAAAACCCACAAACUCUAAAAACAGUGAACCGGUCUGUGAAAGGCACCAUGAUCAAGGCAGCAGGAAUGAACAAAUAAAUGUCAACAUGAAUGAAGAAAAAAACUACAAUGCUGAUGAUGCCUCCCUCGAGAAGGAAGUAAUGCGCGCAUUUAGAAAAAUAGACAGAGAAGAAAAUAAAAAUAAAAAUAAAAAUAAGGUAUUGAACAAAAGAGAUGUUAAUCAAAGGGAAAACAUCGUAUCGGGACAUCCUAAAGGGAAGAGAAAACGUUCCCUUUCACUGAAUAAAGAGGACGAUUCGGGAAAAUUUUGCAAAAUUAAAAAAUUAAAAGGUAGUAAUAACAGUAAGGUUGCACAAAUUGGUAACGAGGAUGUGUACGGCAAUAACGAGGAUGUAUGCGGCAAUAACGAGGAUGUGUACGGCAAUAACGAGGAUGUAUGCGGCAAUAACGAGGAUGUAUGCGGCAAUAACGAGGAUGUAUGCGGCGAUAACGAGGAUGUAUGCGGCAAUAACGAGGAUGUACGCUGCAAUUACGAGGACGAAAGGAGCCAGCUAUAUUUUGAUCAAAACAGAAAUGAAAAUAGCGGAAAUGCAAAUCUUCAUGAGGGUGUCUCUUACAGUGAAAACAAAACAACAGACAGAGAAAUAGAUGAUGCUUAUGAAUGGUAUAGUGAAGUAUUAAUUGAAGCUUCAGAGGAGAAAAAAUAUUUUGUACAAUACUUAAACAAAAACUCAAAAGUUUUUAAAGACAACUUACUUACCGAUUUUUUUAACAGUGAUUCUUGUAGUGAGAAUUUUAAUAAUUUCAUAUUUUCGGAUGAAACCGAUUUACUGGAUGGGUCAUCUAAUGGUAAAACAGUCAUUGACAAAAAAAAAAAAAAGGAGGUGAUGGUAGAAAAAGAAGCGAUAGGGAUGAAAGAAAUGGUGGAAGCGAAGGAGAAGGGGGAGAGAGAGCAUAAGAGGAAAAGAAAGCGGAGGAGAAGGAGGAGGAGGAAACAGAUGAUAAAAGGAAUACACUUCAAAUCGUCAAAACAAAAAUGUAAUUACUUUUUUGUGCCCAUCCCACAUAUUUUGAAAUUCUUUUUAAAUUGUGGAAAAUAUUAUAAUAUGAGAUCAUUCGACAGGUUAAUUGUACGGGAAGGGAAAGAAUUUCAUAAGUACAAUCCUCAGAAAGAUAAAGAAUAUAGUAGCAUGGAAGAAGGGGAAGAAAACAUAUUUGAAAAAAUUAUUCAUGAAAAUGUUUGCAAAGAGGAAGUAGUAGUAGAAAACAACAUACAAACGAAAAAAAAAGGUAAUAAUAGUUGUAUAUAUAAAGGUGUUGAAAGUAGAAAUAAAAUAUAUGCACAUAUCAAAAGCAGUAAAAGUUAUUCACAGAUUUUAAGUAAAAAUACAGGAUUAAAUAAAGGUACGAAAAACGUAAACAAUAAUCAUAUUAUACUUAAACAAAAUAUAUAUUGUUGUAAAGAUCAGCUAUAUAAGGAGAAAGAUAAAAAGCUUGUUAGUAAUAAGUAUAAUGAUUUGCAACAUCUCAAAAAUAUUUUGAAAAUUCUUUUCAUAAGUGACUAUCCUCACCAUUUAAAUUAUUUCAAUUUCAACGUUAAGUCGCUCAUCUUUUAUAGUUUAGUUUACCAGUUGAGAAAUAAGAAGGGGCAUUUUUCAUAUAUCUCAACGAGUGGAAGUACUGCACAGGCAAGUACUGCAAGUGGAUGUAAUACCAGUGCACAUAAUAUGCAAUAUGAUUUUUCGCCAAAAUAUAUUUCAUUAAUUAUGCACAAACUCUUCCGAGAGGUGGCACAGGGUAAGGACAAGUCCGUGGCCAGGGGAAUUCCGGCGGAAGAGGGAAUAUUAAACGGUGUUAUUGGUAGAGGCGAAAGGGAUACCACUGACAAAGAGGGAAACGUGGAUAAAGGCAAAGAGGGAAACGUGGAUAAAGACAAAGAGGGAAACGUGGAUAAAGACAAAGAGGGAAACAUGGAUAAAGACAAAGAGGGAGACGUGGAUAGGGAGGAACGAGGCGCCAACCCAGGCAUGAAUGCUCCAAGUGGACCGGAAGAAGUAGGAAAAUUCGAGUUUGUAAAUUUUAAUGACGAAAUUAUGCAGCAGUUCAUAAAGUCAAGUGAGAACUUUGAAAAGAAGAGAAGUCUGCACCAAUUUUUGAGGAACAACUGCUAUGAUAGUGAUAAUGAAAAAAAAAUAGGUGAAAAUAAGGAAUCGGCAAAAAUUACCCAUAUGCGUUUAGUACAUACAAAGUAUUAUGAAAACACUUUGUUUUGUUAUAUAAUGAAGGAAUAUUUCGAGAACCUAAAGGAUUUAUAUAUGUUUGAAUAUUUUUCGGAUAUAUUAAAUAUUUUUAUUGAUCAUUCAUGGAAUAUUUAUCAAUCACUAUUUUUAUAUUAUCAAUUAAAUAGUUCCAUUUAUCUCUAUAUUAACUGCUUAGGGCAAUACUUAAAUAUGCUUGAAUUUUUCUUUGUUAUAAUAAAUAAGAGAGAGCAUAUUAAUGCAAAUUGUUUUAACGCUUUUUACAGAAAUAGGUAUAUAAAUAAAAGAAAAAGACUUUAUUAUACAAUCAAAAUGCUAUCUUUUAUUUUUCAAUUCCUUAUAGCUUUAAAUCGUGUAAAAUGUUGUAUGCCAUCUUAUGUUCUAAGACAUUUAGGAAAUUUCAGUGCUCCCAAUGAUUAUACAGUUUGCUAUAAAACAAAGUAUUCAAAUCUAGCAUACAAAAUAGUUUUAAAUGAACAAAAUAUUCUUUCUAGUAUUGUAAAAUAUGGAUAUGAAUAUAUGAAAAGUGCUUUAUAUAACACGUUUAAUAAUAAAGAAAUCAAAAAAAAAUUGCUUACAAAAAUGAGAAAUAUGUAUACAAAAUUAAUAAAUUUAAUUAAAAUAUCAUAUAUUGAAUUUGAUUAUAUUCAUAGCUAUGUUUUACCAAUUAGACAUAACAUGAUGUUUCACAUAGUAAUAUUAAAUGCAAAUUUUUUUUUAAUUAGUUUUAAUGAUACCUUAGAAUUAAUUAAGAAUAACUAUUCUGCUUUUAUUGAAAAUUAUUGUAAAAAUUUCAUUAGCUACAGCUGCAACAAUUCAAAUGAUGAUGUACUUCUUCUUUCAGUCGAAAGAACAGAAAACAAAGGACAAGGCAAAAAUAUUGAUCAAAUAAACAUUAAUAAUAAAGGUCAAAGGGUACGAAUAAGACAUAAUAAAGGAAAAUAUCUGAAUAAAACAAACCAGUUUCUCUAUAAAUAUAUGUAUCUCCUUAAUCACCUCAAGGGAAGGAAAAAAUAUCUCCCCCAUUUGUUUAACUACAAUUUAAUUUCAUCAGAUGUUAAUGAACAGAGUAGUAUCUAUUAUCUUUGCAACCCUAAAUCAGAUGCAGUAAGUACUUGUAUGAAUUUCUUGUCUACAAAUAGGUAUGACAAUGGACAAGAAAAUUCUAAUUAUGGAAAUAAAAUAUUAUGUAAUAACAAACUAAAUGAACCCAAAUUUUUAAAACAAAAAAAAAUAUACAUUUCCAAUAAUUUUAAUGAUUUGCAUUUAUUUAAAGAUGAUUAUUAUAAUAUUGGAUCGGAAGGAGUUAUCCAUUUUGCGAGAAGUUUUGCCAAAUUUUUUACGAAAUACAAGAAAAAAAUUAAAGAUCCAAGUAGUAUAUUUCUUUUAUAUUAUUGGAGUUGUUGCACAAAUUUGUUGAAAACAAAUAAAUUUACAUGGAACGAACUGAGAAUAAGUAAUCAAUUAGCAAAUCGUAUAUUUCACAGCUUUUUAAUGUACUCCUUAAAGGGAAAUCAUAAUGGCAAAAAGAGUUUUUAUACCCGUAAAUAUAAGCUUUUUGAUUAUUGUGCAUUAUUUGAACACAUACUAGAUAUGGAAUACUGCUUAUUACGAAAUAGGGGGUUCACAUGUGCUUGUCGGAAGAGAGGCAGAACGAGUAAUGGUAAAGAAUUACUUUUUGAUGAGAAUAUGAAAUAUACAAAGGAGAACCUCAAUUCAUUUGGCACUGAAGAAAAAGUGGAGGUAGAAGUGGGAGAGGACUAUAAUGAUGACAAUGUGGAAGACAAAGGAAAAUCCAUCAUCAGUAGAAAACGUAGUUGUACAUCAGAAUUAUGUGGAACCUUGGACUACAUGUGUUGUAUGUCAUAUGACAGAACAGCAAAAUGGUUAGACUUAUCAGAUGUUCAUAACGGCUUUGUAAAAUAUGCAAAGGGUAUUAUUAGCAAAACGCAGAUAUAUGAUAACGUCCUAAAUAAAUUGAUGUACUUUAAUAUAGAUGAUGAAAUGUUUUUGAGAGAUGUAAAUGAAGAAGUUCAAGAUUAUGCAUUUAGUAAGAGCAAUCGAAGGGAUAGUACUACUAUACGUUUAAAAAAGAAAAAAAAAAAAAAAUUCUUCCCAUAUGAAAAUUUUACCAAUUCGAUAAUAAUAGAUGAUUUUAUUAAUACUAAUAAACAAUUUUUUUUAAUAAAAAAUGUGAACUAUUUUUGCAAGAAUGUAAAAAAUUUUUUUCGAAGUAGAGAUACAAUGUUCAAAGGUCAUAACUCCAUUAUAACACAAUAUAUUAAAGAAGAUAAAAGAAGAAGAAGAAGAAAAAAAAGAAACUAUUACAGCUCUUGUAAAGAAAUAGUAUCGAAAUAUUUUUCCUCAGAAAAAAAUUUAGGCAAUUCUAUUUUUUGUGAAAAAUAUGUAAAGGGUAAAAUGAAUAUUCAUGUUGACACUGAUACGACUACGUUACCAUUUGACCUUAUGGGUUUGGAUAAUUCAGGGAGUUGUAUGAUCCCAAAAAAUUUAAAGAAAUACGAUAACCAUUUAAGAGAGGUAUUGAACCAUUUUAGUCAUACACUGAAUUCUACAUUGUAUAAAAAUUGUAAAAAUAUUUUUUCUAAUAUUCCCAUAAAUUAUAGUUUAUACAACCAAUUAGAAAAAAGAUUUAGAAAGAGGUUUAAUUUGAAGGAAAAUAUAAAAAUGGAGUUUUACAAUUUCAUAAAUGACAAAUUUUUUAAUUAUAGAGGAGAUGGCAUGCCUGCCAGAAGUGGCAUGUGUGGAAGCAGUAAAGACGAAGGGACAAACGAAGGGAAUCAUAACGAAGAGAUGCACAAUAACAACCAUAGCGAUGAUGAAUUUAUGUAUGUUUCUACAGAUGCUGAUUCUUACAAAAGUGAUACAGUCUUUUACCCCAUAAAACUAAAGGAACAAAUGGACUAUUCCUACUUUAAGCAAUAUUUAAAAAAGAGCAUAAUUUACGUAAAUGCCCGUACUAAGGGAAAAAAUAUGUGCAUUUUUUGUAACUGUGCCCAUUUUAAGGACAAAAUGAAAGGUGUUGAUUCGCUUGUUCAUAAAAAUGAGCUCCUUGUUUACGAUUUUUACAAAAUAUAUACAAACAUUUUUCAGCAAUUAAACAAUACUUUUAGUGAAAAUAAUAAUAGUAAUGGGAAUAAAACCUACUUAUCGGAAAUCGUACAACAACCCAUUUUCGAAUGGCAUAAUAACCUUAACUUUUAUGACUCCUCUAUAUUUUUUCAUAACAGAUGUUAUAAUUUUAAGUGCACAAAGAGGAGCCAAAAAGAGGAGAACAAGAGGAAGAAGAGCAUACAGGGAAAUAAUACAAAGAAAUGGAAAGUGCAUCAAAAGGAUGAAAAAUGGGACUUGAAAAGAAAAAAAGAAAAAAAUGAAAAGGUGGAAAAUAAUCUAAAGAGCCGAAUAUAUCGAAUGAGUCAAACGGACCAAAUGAACCAUACGGACCAAUUGAGCCAAACGCACCAAAUGAACCAUACGGACCAAAUGAGCCAAACGCACCAAAUGAACCAUACGGACCAAAUGAGUCAAACGGACCAAAUGAGUCAAACGGACCAAACGAGUCAAACGGACCAAAUGAACCAAACGAACCAAACGAACCAAAUGAACCAUACGAACCAAAUGAACCAAAUGAGCCAAAUCGAAUAUAUUCCGGGUGAAGACUAUGAUGACAAAAGCAGCCUUAGGGCUAAGAAAAAUGACGUUGUACCUGAGUAUACAAAAAGGAGGAGACUAAGUAAAAAUGGGGAGGAUGAAAUUCCAGAAGACAAAAUAACUUCAACAAGUGAUAAGAGUUGCUUUAAAAAUAGACAUAUGUAUAAUAUAAAUUUUGCUUAUGAAAAGUGUAGUAAUACACAUUUCGACAUUUUAAGGAAGAAAAAAUCAUAUAUUUGCGUAUAUAACGAUCGCACCUAUUUCAAUAUUAAUGAUACAUCAAUUGCAGCGGAGGUAAGGAAGAGCGAUAAAUAUGAAAAAUCUCAUGUAAACUAUGUGUUCAACCGAAAUGUGCACUUUGAGUUUAAUUCACCUUUAAAUUGCUUUAUUUUAAGGUUAAAAAAUGCGUACAUAAAAAAAAAAAAUAAAAAUGUGUAUACUAAUGUUAGAAGAAAAGAAAUAUAUAAAAUGAAAUAUGUCCAAAAUGUUCACAGAACAAAGAAAUAUACUUAUUUUUUAUUCUCUUGUUUUAUAUAUCCUAUGAAUCAAAUUAUAAAAAUAAUCUAUCUUUUUUCCAUACGAUAUUUUACUACUCUAUUUCUCAAAACUGUUAAUUAUUUAAAUUACGCAAAAAUAGAUAUGAAGUUAGUACAAUUUUUAGGUAGUAAUGAAUAUGAAAUACUUAAGUCUGUUUUUUAUAAUUUUACUCUACCGCAUAGUUUAAACUCCUUAUUUGAUAUAUUAAGAUUCAGAGGACAUUACAUUAAUCCUUUUUCCCUACUAGGCAGUAUUUAUUAUAUAAGAGAAAUAAAAAUGAUAUGUUCAUAUUUUAAACUGCACUGUGUACAUUUUUUCAACACUCUACACAAUAUAGCAACAAUAGAAAACUAUAGAAAUGAGAAGGACCUUUUUAACCUUGAUAAUAAUGUUAUUCAUAAGAGGGAAAUUGAGGCAGCAGUGUCUUUGGAUGAAUGCAACGAAUUGUCAUAUAAGGAAAGGAAAGAUGGGAAAACAACAAAAGAAGGGGAAGGUAAAAAAACCAUAGUAGCUAUAGGAGCAAAAGAAAUGGAAGAAAAUGAAAAGGUUGCAAGAUUUAGCAUAAUAAACGCAUUUAAAUGCAUUAAUAAGAAUAGACAGAAAUAUACUACAAAAACUUUUAUGCCAAAUUAUAAUAAUAGUUUAGUAAUGAAAUUUACGGAUGAUAUACAAUGUAAUAUAAAAGACCAAAAGAUAAUAGAAUUUUUCGAAAGUAUAAAGGGGAAUGCUAGUAUUAGCAACGAAUUAAAUGAAAUAAUAAAAUUAGAAACUACUUUAUAUGACAAAUUAUUUAAUGUUAACAAAAAAAAGAAGAUGUAUAAUAAAAAGUACUCACAAGAGGCUAAAGAGGAUGACAAGACCAUAGAUCCUGCCCAAUUUUACUCAUCAAAUUUAACGAAUAUUUCUUGUGUACUAUUGCGUGAAGAAAAAAAAAAAAAAAAAAAAAAAUGUAAUAGUAGCAGUAGCGAAAACAAUAAUGUAAACAAUAUUUUCAAAAAAAGAAAGAAACUUAAAGGACCACAAUUAAAAGCAAUUGGUUACGUAAACAAUCAUAUAAAAGUACAAAGAGAAGAAAAUAAAUUCAAGAAAUUAUAUCAUUACAUAAUGACGAAAAAUGAAACAGAUUAUUCUAGUACGUUACAAAUUUAUAAAAACAAAGAGAUAAAAUCUAAUUUGAUAGAAACAAGUAAACAUACAAAAACAUAUGAUAUAACAAGUGCUGAAAAUAUACUACUUUCUAAUAAUGUAAGUAUAAAUGAUGUUGGUAUGAACAAGCAAAGAGAUGAUGAGCAGGAAAUGCAGUGUAUAAAAGAUGAUACUAAUAUCAUUGAAAAAAAUGUUAAUUGUGUAGUUACUAGUAAUAAUGUAAUUGAUAGCAGAGCAAGUUGUAACGUGAAUCCUACUCAUAACAGUAAUAAUACUAGAAACGCAGGUAAGAAUUAUAAUGAUGAUAAGGAUACUCAGUGGGAAAUGAUUGAAGAAGUAGAGAAGGAUAAUGGGAAUGAAAAUGAAAAUGAGGAAUACGCAAAUGGAAAGGAAAAAUGUGCAAAAAAAAAAAAAAAAAAAAAUAUUGAUGAGAUAUACGAAAAAUGCUUUAUGAAAGAUUCACAUGAAGAAAGAAUAAAAGACUUUUCUAAACCCUCAGAAACGAUUAAUUUAUAUAAUGUUCUCAUAAAUUUUUUAAAUAAUCAAUCUUUGUUAAGAAAUGAUUCAAUAACAUAUGAAAAGUUUAGGAAGAAAAAUAUUAUCGAGUUUAACCACAUUGUAUACAGAGAGUUUACAAUACAUACUAAUUACUAUGCGGAAUCAUAUAAUAAAAGUACAUUAAAUAAAUUUAUUUCUCUUUUUUAUAACAAUAAUUUUAAAGAUAAUUAUUUAAAGGGGGAAAUAAAGAAAUAUGCUAAUGGAAGGAAAGAAGAAAGGAGUUACUCACAAAAAGAAAAAAGCAUUCUUCAUGCAAGUCAUGUAAAUUAUCAUAUAAAUGAUCGCAUACAUGAUCAUGUAAAUGGUAAUCUAAAUUUUAAUAGUAAAGACAGAGAACAGAAAGUGAACGAAUCAUCAUAUCAGUUGCAUGACUACGCCGAUAUAGAAGUAGAAACUUCAUCAGAUUUUGAACUGAAUGGACAUUGGGUGGAGGAAGAUACUAUCAAGCACGUAAACGAGAAUGUUAACAACUCCAGGGGUUAUAAUUCAUUUAUGCUGCUGAGGGGUAGCAAAAAUGCGGAAGAUAAAAGAAACAGUAGUAAAAAAGGAGUAGAAAAAAUAUAUGGAAAUCAAAUGGAAGAAAUGGAAAAAAUGUAUGGUGAAGAAAUGAUAGGAGACAACAUAUACGAAUUCUAUGAGAGUUCAAAUGAUUUGUUAUUUAUGCAAAACGAAAAAUUUAAAGAUAAUAGAGAUGAUGAUCCUUUAAAUAACGAAUAUAACAGCUCACGCUGUUCUUUUAAUUCGGAUUAUUAUGAUACUAGCGAUUUUAGUGAAGCAAAUGAUGAUAAGGACAAUGACUAUAUACACUGUUCCUUCUACUUACACAAACCAAUAUAUAUAUUUGAUGAAGAAAAGCAAGAAGAGGAAGAAAUUUACUCCAACAAAUGCUACAAAAAUUGUUCUUCUGAAGGUUCUGAAGGGGAUAUCGAUAUAACGGUAGGCACUUCCAUACCUUUAAGUAGAAAUAAAAAGAAUAAUUGGAAAAAACAUUCUUUUAAAAAUAGUAAAAAAUUAAGGAAAAUACACAAUAAAUUAAUUCAAAAAAUAGACUAUGAUAAAAGUAUUAGUAAAAAAUUAUAUAAGCUGUAUGACAAGAGUAACAACUUUAUAAUGAGUGAUUACAAAUGUUCAAAAUAUAGAAACGUUUGGGUAAAUUUUGCUAAAAAUUGUGUAAGGAAAAGGAAGAAUAUUAACAGCAUAUUCAGAGGCGAUGCUUUCCUUAUUAAUAGUGUUUCUAAUAAUACUUACACAUAUGAUCAGGAUAUUAGAACACUAGUACACAUAUAUAAAAGGCAAAAAAUGUACAUUAAAUAUAUGAAGCAAAAAUAUAUUUCGAAAAAGUAUAAACAUUCAUUCCCGUGGAUUGGAGAUAAUAUUUUUAUUUGCCCCAAUAACGUUGAUAAGUACAUUAUGGCGGGCUAUAGUGCAGUGUUGCUCCACCAAAAUACUUCCUACUUAAAAAAUUACAACUACCAUUCGGUCAGCGUUAAUAUACCACUGAAUUUUAUAUUCGAAACAAGGAAUUUAAAGCAUUUAUGCGUAAUGAUGUGUUUGCUGAUAAAGGCCUUUAGCUCGUACUUGGAUUGCACAUCUAUCGAUUUAAUUCAGGCUUGUAAAGAAAUUGAAAGAGCGUUUAACUGGUUUAAUCAAUAG